AUGCCUCCGAAAUACUAUGGCGAGGAGCCUCGCGGACGAGGAGGUGGCUCGUCAGACAGCUUUACCACACGCCCAGGUCCACCAAGCGGGUUGAACUCUGCUCCCGACCUUCUGUACACAGUCCCUCGUUCAAUGAUACGACCUGCUGAACCCAGUAUGCACACCACUCCUCAAAUGGGUGGCCCUGAUCCUCGUCCCUUGGGUUUGUCGCCCGCUGCCACCAAUCCAGGAAGGCAGCCAUCGCCGUCCUCUUUUGCGGCGAGAUCGAGCUCCUCUCCAUCGCCCAGCGUGCAAGACAGGCCCGGCUCGCGUUCUGCAGGGACUACGGGCGGCCCGGGCUCUGCUCUUGGGGCGAGGGCCUCCACGCCUAGCCCAGCGAGAACUCAAUCACCUGGACAGCAAGGCUCUAGCUCUCCUCGUCCUUCUACUCCAAGCGGAACGAAGUCAGGAACUCAAACCGGGGCUUCGCAUCAAAACCAAAAGAAGUCAGGUUCGCACAGCCCUCCUGGCUCAGGCGGGAAGGGAAAAAAGAAGGCAGGGUGA